AUGGCAACAAACUCACCUAAUCCAAUUCCCUUCUCGGAGCCGCCGUAUCUCUGUGGACUUCCUUCGCCAUACUACACUGAUGCUCAUCGGCGCUUUCAGAAAGCAUGUAGAGCCUUCAUUUGGGAGCAUCUACACUCCCAUGCAAUGGAAUGGGAACGAGAGGGCACAGUUCCACCACAUAUUUUUGAAAUAUUCGGCAAACAUAACAUGUUGAUUCCAAACCUGCCAUCUCCAUUGCCGGUUGCAUGGCUGAAGGAGCUGAACAUUCAUGAUAUCUUAGGGGUCAAGGUUGAAGACUGGGACCUCAUAUAUACUGGUAUAUACCUGGAUGAGAUGUCAAGAUGCGGACUGAGCGGGCCACCAGGCUCCUUAACAGCUGGUUUCGCAUUUGGAAUCCCACCAAUGCUUGCAUUUGGAAGUCCAGCUUUACAGGAGAAAUUUCUUCCUGAUAUGCUGACAUCAAAGGUCAGGUCAUGCAUCGCUAUUACUGAACCUGAUGCAGGUAGUGACGUUGCAAAUAUCACCACUACUGCCGAGAAGAGCGCAGAUGGCAAGCACUAUAUCAUCAACGGUGAAAAGAAGUGGAUCACAAAUGGUAUAUGGUCAGACUACACUACUAUGGCCGUACGUACUGGCGGCCCAGGACCAACUGGCCUAUCACUGAUAGUGGUACCAUUGAAGGGUCAUCCAGGCGUAACAAUGCGUCGGCUCCCUGUCUCCGGCCAGGUCUGCGGUGGCACCACAUACAUUGAACUAGAUAACGUCAAGGUACCAGUUGAAAACCUGAUAGGCCAAGAAGGGCACGGUAUGAAGUAUAUUAUGACGAAUUUCAACCACGAGCGUCUCACUAUUGCGGUCGGAGUGACUCGUCAGGCUAGAGUUGCCCUCAGCUCUGCUUUCGAAUACUGCAUGAAGCGUGAGGCCUUUGGCAAGACACUGAUGGACCAGCCUGUGGUGAGACAUAGGUUAUCCAAGGCUGGUGCCGAACUGGAGUCUAUGUGGGCUUGGGUAGAGCAGUUCUUAUACCAAAUGAAUAACAUGCCUAAGGAAGUAGGAGACAAAAGAUUGGGCGGGUUGACAGCCCUAGCCAAAGCAAAGGCUGGAAUAGUUCUUAACGAAUGUGCUCAGGUAGCAGUUUUACUCUUUGGUGGGCUUGGGUUCACCAAGUCUGGCCAGGGGGAACUAGUUGAAAGACUAAUGAAUCUAGAAAUCUUGCGUGAUGUUCCCGGAGCCCGAAUUCCAGGAGGCUCGGAAGAUGUCCUACUUGACCUUGCUGUUCGACAGCUUGUGAAGAAUUUUAAGGCAGAGGCCAAGAAGCUGGGGGAGCCUGCUAAGCUCUAG